AUGGCCGCCAACACCGUCCUGUUCGAGCCGCUCAAGCUCGGCCGCCUCGAGCUCUCGUCGCGCAUCGUCAUGGCGCCCCUCACCCGGUACCGCGCCGACGACCAGCACGUCCACCACGAGCACGCCGUCGAGUACUACGCCCAGCGCGCGUCGUACCCGGGCACCCUCCUCAUCACCGAGGCGACGUACGUCUCGCAAAAGGCCGGCGGCCAGUCGAACGCGCCCGGGUGCUACACCGACGAGCAGGUCGCCGCGUGGAAGCGCAUCGUCGACGCCGUGCACGCCAAGGGCAGCUACAUCUACCUCCAGUUGUGGGCUCUCGGCCGCGCCGCCGAGGCCGACGAGCUCAAGAAGGAUGCCGGCGAGGAGGUCCACUCGGCGUCCGACGUCGCAUUCGAGGGCGGCGACAAGCCGAGGCCCUUGACCAAGCAGGAGAUCCAGGACUAUGUCGCCGCGUACGCCUACACGGCCAAGCGCUUCGUCGAGGAGGCAGGUGGCGAUGGAUGCGAGGUACACGGGGCCAACGGGAAGUACUCCUCUCUCUCUUUCAUCCAGACCAACUCGAACAAGCGCACCGACGAGUACGGCGGCUCGGUCGAGAACCGCUGCCGGUUCCCGCUCGACGUCAUGCGCGCCGUGACGGACGCCAUCGGCGCCGACCGCACCGGUAUCCGCCUCUCGCCGUGGAGCAAGUUCCAGGGCAUGAAGAUGGACCGCACCGACGACAUCAAGGAGACGUUCUCGUACCUCGUCACCGAGCUGCGCCAGCGCCACCCGGACCUCGCCUAUGUUCACGGCAUCGAGUCGAGGGUCGCCGGCAACGAGACUGUCGACGUGUCGUACGACGAGCAGCUCGACUUUAUCCACGACAUCUGGGCACCUCGCACCUUUCUCCAGGCCGGCGGCUUCACGCCCGACACGGCCGUCGACGCCGCGCGCAAGUACGAGAACACGGCCAUCGUCUUUGGCCGCCUGUUCCUCUCGACGCCCGACAUCGUGCGGCGCAUCAAGGACGGCAUCGAGCUCAACAAGCCCGACCGCGACACGUUCUACGUCAAGGGCCCGAACGAGACCAAGGGCUACACAGACUACCCGUUCGCCGAGUAG